CAAAACAGCUGCUUUGUGUCGUGGCUGUGUGCUCUUGGAAGACUGCAGCAAUUUAAGAGGGAAUAAUGGAGGGUAUAGGAGACCAACUCAAGCUGAUGGUGAAAACCUUCAGGAGGGAGCGUCACCGGGUCUUACAGUCUGAGAGGACCACCAUUCAUGGAGCUGAUGGCAUGCUUAUGGUGCUGCAGGUGGCCAUGGCAGAAGUGAAUAAAAAGCAUGGCGGAGAGUUCAAAGUGGCUCUGAGUGAUGUCCUGAUGGCCUGGAAACACUUAUUGUUAGACAAACUUCACCUGCUGCCCCCCAGCCCUGCACGCCUGGAGAACUAUGAUCUCAUUGUGGAGGCAUACGAGUCGUUCCUGAAACGCUCCAACACCAUCGACCUGAUUGAUCUCCUCUUCAUGUACAAACAGCUGAGGCUGGUGGACUCUGAUCCAGAGGAGCCUGUGAGCCUGAUCCAGCUGUUUGAGUUCCUAUCGGGCAACGUGGAAGUCCCAGAGUUGCCAGUUUCCUCAGUCCCGUCAACCCCAUCUGGUAAAGGCAGGUCCUGCAGCUCACAGGUGAAAAUGGCUGUGAGACGCGUUUUCUGCUCCUAUCUGAAUUUGCUGGUAAACACCAAGAACGACAUUGCCAUGGCGCUAAUCCUCGACGUUCCCAGUCGCACUCUUGGACGACAGGCGUUUACUGACAUCAAGCAUGCUGCGCACAACAGCAACACUUCUCUGUUCUUGGCCGUGACGUCUUUUGUUAGGGCUCUCCAGCUUGGAGGGAAGGGCUAUGCUCCAGCUGAAUCUGACCCACUGAGAAAGCAUGUCAAAGGCCUGUCUGACUUUGUCCAGUUUGUAGACAACCUGGAAGAAAUACUGGGGGAGAUCCCCGACCCAAGUGUAUGUGGAGCCAGGCUGGUGACCGCCAUCAGGGCGGUGUUGGUGAAGGGUCGCAGCAGCGGAGAUGCCGUGUACGCUGCUGCUGAGGAGACUGCACAGGAGCUAAAGGAGAGGAUCUGCCAGCUACACCAGAUCCAGAAGCAGUCUGCUAAUGGAAGCGGGACAGGGAUAAGUCCUGCAAGGCCAAAAGUGUAUGCAGUCAAUCACGCUACAGCAUACGGAGGUCGUGACACUGUGAAGGUGCUGAUGGCGCUGCUGGAUGAAGAAGCCCUGACUCCUCCGUGUCAAAGCAAAGCCGACCUGCUGUCCGAGGAUCAGCCCGUCCUCUGUGGAGCAGAGGGGACCUGCGUCCUCACGCUGUUCAGAUCCCCUGAAGUGUCUACUGGAUGUUCUCCAGAACCCCUAAAGAACAGAGUCCAGAGCCGACUAGACCUGCUCAAACCCAAGGUCCGAGAGAGAGUCAUCCGAUCCCAGUUCGCCUGCACUUACAAUGACGAAGAGCUCCCUCUCAACCGUGUGCUGGACUUCCCGAGCACUAGCCAGGUUCCCACUUGCGUGCACCCACCCAAAGCUAAAACCACCACAUCUGUGAAUGAUGGGUGCAGCUCUGAUGUGGAAGACUCAACAAAAGCCAAGUCCUCUGAAUGUACAAAUAAGGCACGGGGUGAGAUACAGCGGGGGGCUGCUCUCGAGCAAAGAAGUGGAAAUGCCCCAAAACAAGGUGCAAGCCUGGUUAAUGGAAAGGGAACUGGCUUUCAGAUGCAAAGCAGGGGUAACAAGAGAAAGCAGCUGGACCAACACGGUGGAUCUGAAAAUGAGCCUCCGGAGAAGAAACAGCCAACUCGCACAUCAGUCAAAAUGCCUGGCAAAAAUGGCAGCAAGGCCUUGAGUAAGAAGAAGCUCAUAGCUGGACAAGGGAAGCUGACCAGUUUCUUCAGAGUCUAACCAGUGUUUGCACUAACGAUGACACAAUAAGGACUUUUCUAUCAGAUAUUUAUAUGAAGCAGCUGAAGCUUGUGUACUACGAGUAUACUCCAGCUUGGGCUGCCAUUUAGAAUCAUUUGUCAUCUUGUUUAACCUAGAGUAUUUUAUAUAUAUACACACACAGUAAAAUAUCACGUGAUCUUUAGUGACUUAGUGAUUGUGGUUAAGAGUUUAAUAUUUUUAUGCUAAGCUACACUGAGGCUUCGUAUGAAAUGUGCACCACAGUGUUAUUUAACUCUUUCUGAAAAUGUCACUAAAAUGUCCAACAUUGUUAGGCGAAAAGCAAGCUGGUCAUUGCACUUUAUCACUAAUCAAUUUUAAAAUGAGUCUAAUAACGCCUUCUUGGAAAUAAAAUGUAUAUCGUCACUGCUAGUAUGUAAAUUUUACCUUUUCAAUUAUUUUCAAGAUUCUACCAUUUACAUCCACUCUUUAAACACACAGCUUGCAAUUGUUAAUAAACGUUUAUUUUGUUUUCCA